UGGACAUACCAAGCUAUGGUUCAUGAACUACUUACAAUUAAUAACAACAGAGUAAAUUUAGCUAAUGUACCUGGAAUCAGCAAAGAGCUGAAAGAAGUAGUUCUCUCUUCUGAUCAUGAUGAAUUUUAUGCUACAAAUAUGUAUUCAAAUUUUGGUGAAAUUGGAGUCAGAAUAAAAGAACUGAUGGAAGAAUUUCAAAAGAAAACUAAAAAUCAAAAGAAAGUGGAAUCUAUUGCUGAUAUGAAAGCAUUUGUUGAAACAUACCCUCAAUUCAAGAAAAUGUCAGGCACUGUAACUACACAUGUGACAUUAAUAGGUGAAUUAUCAAGAUUAGUUGGCAAUCAUUGUCUUCUUGAAGUAUCUGAAGCUGAGCAAGAACUUGCUUGUGAGUCUGACCAUACAGAAUCUCUUAAAAGGAUACGUAAAUUGCUGAGCAAUGAUAAAGUGAGAGACAUUGAUGCUGUAAGAUUAGUGAUGUUGUAUUCUCUACAUUAUGAAAAAAAUAGUAAUAAUGAUAUUUCAGGUCUAAUUGAGCUUUUGAAGAAGAGAAAUACUACUGAAAAAUUGAUAAGAAUGGUUCGAGCAGUUUUGGAAUUUAGUGGCAGCAAAGGAGGACGCAAUGAUUUGUUUACAACUGAAAAUGUGAAAACUUUUACCAAAAGAGUUAUUAAAGGAUUGAAGGGCGUCGAAAAUAUAUAUACUCAGCACACACCCUUAUUGAAAGAAAUACUGGAUGAUAUUGUGAAAGGUAAAUUAAAGGAAUCAUCAUACCCAUAUCUGAGUGGUACUCAGUUAAGAGAAAGGCCUCAAGACAUUAUAGUGUUUUAUAUUGGAGGUGUCACUUAUGAAGAAUCUCUUACUGUUCAUCAAAUAAAUAGGCAAUCUCUUGGGAUCAGAGUCCUUUUAGGUGGUUCAACUAUUCAUAAUUUUACCAGCUUUCUGAAUGAGAUAAAAUCAGCCGAGAGGUUUAGUACUUAUGUUCAUCAUUGAUUGUUAAUAAUAGUAAAAAGAAGCUUUUUCAGGACAUAAAGGCUAACGGAGUCAUUCGAAAAGUCAGCAUUUCAUCAUUUAUGUAAAAAUCAUGUAUAAAAGGAUUUUUAUUUUGUGUAAAGUGUGUUAUUUUCAGUAAUUGCUAGUCUUUGUAUGAAUUAAAUUUUUUCAUGAUACUUUAAAUAUUUUUUGCACUAAUUAUUUUUUCUUCUAGGUUUUGUAUUUUAUUUACAGUUCAGACUUUAUCAAAUAUUAAUGCAUGUAGCACAGUUUGAGUUAUUUUGGGUGCAUUUGUUUUAAUCGAACAAAAUAGAAAAAAGUAGCUUCCAACGUCAAGAUAAAUCCUGAUUAAUCAUAGUUUUUGUUUUAUAAAUGUAUCAUUCACUGUAUUACAUUCCUUCAAACCUGUAUAUUUUUAUUAUCUUAUAUGUAUAUAAUAAUGUGUAUAAAUAUUUUCUUUCAUCUUGAAAAUGCAUGUGAAGUCUGGAUUAAAAAAGAUAUUUGUGAAGUU